UGCACGUGCUCGUCACUUCCGGCGUCUCGUGUAAUUCAUUUAAUAAAACGUCGAAUUUGGAUUAUUAAAGUGGUUAAUUAAAUCUAAAUUGUUUCGUGGAGUGUAGUUAACAUAUUGAGUAUGUUUUUUAAAAUAUAAUAUUGAAUUUUGAAGUGAUUUGUGGGAACUGUGCAUCAGGACUGUCGGCGUGUUUGUUGGUGGUUUCGCGAUGACGCCUAAUUUGUUUAAUUAUCCUGGAAAUUUUCAUUAAAAAACUGCUAAAUUGGGUGUAAACGCAUCCCUCCAGCAAAGUGUGUCUAUUCAGUGGCAUUGUUGUAAUAAUUAAAUGCUCAAUAGACGAAUGAAAAAUAAGCAGCGUAGCUAGAGACCUGAGUGGCAAACGGAUCGAGCAGCCAUGAGGGGCAGUUGUGCGUCUUCGUGCUUGUUGGUGGCUCAGUGAUAACACGUAUUUUGCUUAAUAAUUCUUAAAAUUGUGAUUUAAAAAACGAUCAUUGGGGUGUCAAUGCAUUCGCUCAGGAAAGUGUGUGCUAUCCAUUGAAAUUUUUGAAUAAUUAAAUGCUUAAUAGGCGAGUGAGAAAUAAGCAGCAUAUUUAGUGACCAGCGUGGCGAAGGGAUCGAGGGGCAGGAGGGCGAUCGCCAACGCUACGGGGAAACACCCAGUGAUACGUGAAAUUUGUUGAAAAAAAAUGAUAAAUUAGUUGGAAAUAAAUUUGUGCAGUGACGUGGAUGAUAUUCAAGACUUUUUUUUUAUUGUGAAUUGUUGAAGUCAUCUGUGAAAAAGGAGGAACAUUGGAAUAAAUAGAAGGCAACAAAUUGCAGUCAUCUCGGAGAACGCGGUGCCCAGGGAGUUGGUUCAUGCCUUUGGAAAUAAUCAGCGAUAAUUUCUGCAUAAGAUUUUAUACAAUAAGGAGCUCUUAUCUUUUUUACAGAUUUUAUAUCUAAGUACGCACUGAGAGUUCCUCCCUUCUCCAUCUAACGUUUAAGCUUAAAACAUUAGAUGCUUUCUUCAAGAUCCAAGUUCGCACAGAUCAUUUGAUAGACCAACGCAUCCCAAACCGAAAAGCUCUCACGCUUGUUAUUUUUAAUUAAAUACAAGUGACUAUAUUAUUAAUUUAAUGAUAAAGAGUAUGAAAAUAUAUAUCUAUUGAAAAGUAGUGCUACUAGUCAUAAAAAAAUGACUUUACCAUUGCAAAAUACUGAAAACUCCUCACAUGAACAAGAUAGUCAUUCGAGGAGUUCAGGUAUGAAAAAUCGUAAAACGAGUAGAAAACAGGGGCGUUCUGUUACAGACAAAGAUGGUACCAUAUCAAAGAGGCUGCGCAUGGAUAUAAGUGUUACUAGUAAUGAAGAUUCGGUAUUUCCUAGUGAUUUACAAGAUCAACCUAGACAGGAUUUGUCUAACGAAGAAAUAAAAUUUGCUAAAAGUGUGGUUGGUAGAGAAGGAACACCUGCAUUUAAUCAGUUUUUAGAUUUUUUAAUUACAGAAGAAGGGACAAAAUAUCUAGAAGUUCUAAAAAGAAAAGGAAUAAAUCUGACUAAUAUGGCCAGUGUUUUAGGUAGAGCAGGAUUUAAUGCUCCUAAAGCUUUUAAAGAAUUAUAUGAUCUUUGGUUUGAUAAGCAAGAAAACAAAACACCAUAUUUAAAAACUCUAGAAAAAGAGGGGAUAAAUCUGUCUAAUAUGUCCAGUAUGUUAGGUAGAGCAGGAUCUACUGCUCCUAAAGCUUUUAAAGAGUUGUAUGAUCUUUGGUUUGAUGAGCAAGGAAAUAAAACACCAUAUUUGAAAACUCUAAAAGACAAUGGAGUAGGUCUAGCUCGAAUGUCCAGUAUUUUGAAUGGAGCAGGAUCUAAUGCUCCUAAAGCUUUUAAAGAGUUAUAUGAUCUUUGGUUUGAUAACCAAGGAAACAAAAUACAAUAUUUAAAAAUUUUAGAAAAAGAGGGGAUAAAUCUGUCUAAUAUGUCCAGUAUUUUGAAUGGAGCAGGAGCUAAAGCUUCUGCAGCUUUUAAACAGUUAUAUGAUCUUUGGUUUGAUAAGCAAGGAAAUAAAACACCAUACUUGAAAACUCUAAAAGACAAUGGAGUAGAUCUAGCUCGGAUGUCCAAUAUUUUGAAUGGAGUAGGAUCUAAUGCCCCUAGAGCUUUUAAAGAGUUAUAUGAUCUUUGGUUUGAUAAGCAAGGAAACAAAACACAACUUUUAAACACUCUAGAAAAAGAAGGAAUAAAUCUAGCUAAGAUGUCCAAUAUUUUAAGUAGAGCAGGAUCUAAUGCUCCUAAAGCUUUUAAAGAGUUAUAUGAUCUUUGGUUUGAUAAGCAAGGAAACAAAACACAACUUUUAACAAUUCUAGAAGAAAAAAAAAUAAAUCUAGCUAAUAUGUCUAGUAUUCUAGGUGGAGCAGGAUCGAAUGCUCCUAAAGCUUUUAAAGAGUUAUAUGAUCUUUUGUUUGAUAAGCAAGGAGACAAAACACAAUAUUUAAAAACUCUAGAAAAAGAGGGGAUAAAUCUGUCUAGUAUGUCCAGUAUUUUACAUGGAGCAGGAACUAAAGCUCCUAAAGCUUUUAAAGAGUUAUAUGAUCUUUGGUUUGAUAACCAAGGAAACAAAACACAAUAUUUAAAAAUUUUAGAAAAAGAAGAAAUAAAUUUAACUAAUAUGUCUAGUGUUUUAGGUGGAGCAGGAUUUAAUGCUCCUAAAUCUUUCAAAGAGUUAUAUAAUCUUUGGUUCGAUAAGCAAGGAAAUAGAACACAAUAUUUGAAAACUCUAGAAAAAAAGGGGAUGAACCUAGCUAAUAUGUCCAGUAUUUUGCAUGGAGCAGGGUCUAAUGCUCCUAAAACUUUUAAAGAGUUAUAUGAUCUUUGGUUUGAUAAGCAGGAAAAUGAAACACCAUAUUUAAAAACUCUAAAAGACCAUGGAGUAGGUCUAGCUCAAAUGUCCAGUAUUUUGAAUGGAGCAGGAACUAAAGCGCCUAAAGCUUUUAAAGAGCUAUAUAAUACUUUUUUUGAUGAACAAGGAAAUAAAGAACAGCAUUUAAAGCAUUUUAUUAAGGAAAAAGAUGGGGAAAAAAGUUUUAUGAUGCCUAGUUUAUCUGGUAUUUUAGGUGGAGCAGGAGCUAAAGCUAAAGAUGCUUUUGAAAAUUUGCAUAAUGUUUGUUUUGAUGACGAAGGAGAAAGAACAGGACUUUUAGAUGAUUUUUAUAAUGCAGGUUUCAGGCCAAGUAACUUAUCCUCUAUAUUAUGUGGAACAGGAAUACGUGCUUCCUCUAUUUUAGAAAGAUUGCAUAGGGUUUGUUUUGAUGACGAAGGAAAGAGAACAGAACUUUUAGAUGAUUUUUAUAAUGCAGGUUUUAGGCCAGGUGAUUUAUCCAGCGUGUUGAGUGCGGCAGCGGAUAGUUUAGAAAAAUUUCAUGAUUUUUGUUUUAUAGGAGAAGGAAAAGGGUAUUUGAGGCAUUUCUUAAAAGAAGGCUUUAUGCCGGAAAACUUAUCCGAGAUAUUGCAUGGAGCAGGAGCUAAUAUUUGUUCUGCUUUAAAAGAUUUUCAUGAUAUUUGUUUUGAUGAGGCAGGAAACAGAACGCAGCAUUUAGAUGAUUUCUAUCAGGCAAGUUUUAGACCGAGUGAUUUAUCCAGUAUAUUAUCCAUGUCAGGAAA